AUGGAGAAAAACGCAGGUGAUGUGUCAUCAGCUGUCGAAUCUAGUCUUUAUCAAUGUGUUCAUGCCAUGCUCAGAGAACUGGACACUCACUCUCAAGCCAGCGGUAAAGGGAUGCUGAGAUGGACCCUGCAUAAAAAGGUGGAGAAUAAUCCCGCUACCUGCAUCUCUCUGUUAAGAGUCCUGGUGAAAGAGCUCGAGAAGGCAGAGAGAACUGAUGGCAAAAUUCGCAUCAUCCCUUUGCUGCACACACUAGUCUACACAGUCAUGCAGUCCGUGUACAUUCCGGAUGACCUGUGUGAGAGGGUCUAUGUCUGUCUGAAGCGGAUGCUUACACUACCUGAGCCCUACUGCACUGUGGGCCUCCACUAUGCUAAACACAUAAAAAUAGAACAGAACAUACCAGGCAUUUUGUAUCAAAGGCGAGUGAUCGCAGAGCACAGCCUAAAGAAUGAACACUAUCCCCUUCAUGAGAGGGUGUUUGUGUUUGUGGACCCAGCUGUGUUUCCUGAGACUCUGCUGGAUGCCGUAAAGGCUGACGUGGAGUGUGGCGCUUUGGACUGGGACACACUGAGCUACCAGCGCCGGGUCCUUCUUCAUACACUACAGGCUGCGGUGGGGAAACAGUGCCAUGGGACACAACUUGCACAAGCCCUAGAGGAAUUAGGCGAGGAUGUACAAAACUACUUCCAGGACAUUGUGGCCAUCGUAGAAGGACAAAUAUUGGAUGGAAGUUUAGACUUUGAACAGUACACCGAAGCAAUGCAGAAAAUCUAUCAGGAAAUUAUUGCAUCUGCUAGCACAGGAAGUCCUGCCAAUUUUACCGGAGCGCCACUGCCCAGUCCUGAGAUCAGAUUUAAUGUCUGGACAAAGGAAGAUGACAUAUGGAAUGCAAUGAUUAACUUCACUCUAAUGGUGAGCUCUACAGAACAGAACUCUACAUUUUUAAAUGAGGACGAGGUGGCAAAACGUGCUUCAGUCAUCUCCACUAUAUCAAGAGACAGUGGCUUUGAAGGAGAUUUACCUUUAAAUGAGUUCUCUUAUUUGUUGCUGGAGCCUCCUGCUGGCCCAGAGGCUCAAGAUCAGCAAAAAACUGGACAGUUUUCCAGGAGGCCGUGUGUGAGGUGGCCUAAAGCUGGGAACAGAUUGACUUUAAUGAUGGAGGCCAUGAAAGAAAGUGGAGGAACAGGAGGAUGUGGAGGCUCUUUGCCAAAAGAAGGGAAGAACUUCACUGCCCGCAUUGUUGUCAUGGGGGAUGACAGAACGCUGGGUAGACUCUGCAAAGCCUUUUACAGUAUACGAAAAAAAGAGGUACGACAUUUAUUUCUAACCAAGAGGGUUAACUUGGAAACAUACUACAUUCCUGUCACGAGCCAGUCCGGUACCACUUCUCCAGACCAGGACCUGGAACCAACAGCAGAUAUGCUUACCAUGGCUGCAUUUUUGGGACGUUUGGAUCCAUGGUAUGACUGCAACAUUAACAGCCUGGGAUCAAUGAUCCUGAAACUAGCAGAAACGCACUCCGGUGUUGGGGGAUCUUCAGAGCCCAACUCCUUUCUUUUGGACAUCAUCUCAUACUACACCCGCACAGCUCAGCAGCCUGUUCACAUCCCGAUAUACUCUGUAAAGAUUUUUUUUUCUGCCUUGGAAUCUAAACCUGUGGAGGAGAUGUUUGUGUGCCAGCUGGACAUGAACUUCCUUGGGUUAAGGCCUCUCAGAGCUACAUUUAAAGACACAAUCAAAGGUUCUGUGCGGUACAAGAGAAGCACACAGGAACAUACUGGUGUAGUUGUGGCUGUGAAUUCUAAAAAGGCCUCUAUAAGCUCUCGAGGGGAGGACAGGGACAUGUGUCUGAUGACGUGUGGAGUGUUAAUUCGUGCUGACCCUGCCAGUGGAACCAAAAAUCUUGAAAGCCUCAGCGUUGAUUUCCGUGAACCAAAUCCUUCCAGAUUCUCUGUGUCUCCACUUAGGGUGACCAGUAUUUCCAUUAGAAUCUUGGAGGAGAGGACAUGUACACUAUGUUUAGACAAAGACUCCAGCAGGACCUUUACUAAUGUUCAGAGUAUAGAGGUGUCUCGAUGUAUGGACCCUGGAUAUUGUCUUCAAAAGAAACCAGGGCAGAGUCAGGAGGUGGACGAUGCAGGACUGAGCAAAUAUUUGAGCAAAACCUUUACUUUGCCCAUUAACACAUUUUGUGGAGCUGUACAAUGACAUUACUGACCACCAAGUCUUAUUCAGGAGGACACUCUUGUUUAAAUUACAUCUAAUACCUCGUACAUAAGUAUAUGUGUGUAUGGCAUCCAGUAGUGACGGUGGUACAUCAGGUUGUGCUGGUAACCCAUGGCAUUGGGUUCUCAUCCUACUUUGGCCAGCAAUAUUUUUUUCUUUCUUUUUUGUUGCAUUGUGCCACAAUGUUUGGAUAUAUCCACUUUCCAGAAGCACUUUGGAGACUUUGUCGUUUUUACAGAAAGCCAUCUGACAUUAAACCCAGUUUAAGGUUUUACAUUUUUGCCACCUCACCACAACUCUUGCCCCUUAGUAUAACAAAAUGCCCUGCCUACAUAUGUUUUAUUGUGAAAUUUAAUUUUAAUGUAAUUUACUGUAAAAAAAAAGGAUAUUCUAGAAAAUAAUAGCAAAAAAGUAUUUUUAUUUAUUUUAUUUAAAGUAAUAAUCUACAAUUGCUAGUUAGUGGGGGCGGUUGGGACAUUAUGUAAAAUGCAAUAAAAAGAUGUCUCCAAAUGAUGACCACUGCCAUAGUUUUUUGUUUGUUUUAAAUUAAUAAUACAUUCAUUAACUAUUGCUUUUG